CGGGGCUCGGCCCGUUCCCGCCGCGGCCCGUUGUCCCUGCCCCUGCCCCUGCCCGGACCUGGCCGCGCAUCGCAGCCGCCCGGCCCCGCUGUGGACACUCGCGGGUUCUCAAGAAGGUGGUAGAAACAGGCAUCCUUAGCUUUCCUGGCGCUCAAUGGCUUCAGAAUCAAGAAAGUCCUCGGUCCCUUCCCCACCAGGCCAUGCCCCUGAAGAGGACCUUGUAAUUGUCAAAGUAGAGGAAGAUCCUGGAUGGGACCAGGAAUCUGGUCCGCAUGAAAAUAACCCUCCUGGCCAAGAGCACUUCCGCUUGCGCUUCAGGAAGCUGGGCUAUCAGGAGACACCAGGGCCCCGGGAGGCGCUGAUCCAGCUCCGGGCACUUUGCCACCAGUGGCUGAGGCCAGACUUGAACACCAAGGAGCAGAUCCUGGAGCUGCUGGUGCUGGAGCAGUUCCUCACCAUCCUGCCCGGGGAGCUGCAGUCACUGGUGACUGAACACCAGCUGGAGAAUGCAGAAGAGGUGGUGACUCUGCUGGAAGACUUGGAGCGGCAGAUCGAUGUCCUAGGACGGCCCGUCCCAGCUCUGGCACACAGACACAGGAUGCUGUGGGAGGGGGGCCCAGAGCCUCACGGGCCACAGCACCAGCCUGCCAUGACGCAGCAGGAAUCUCCCAUGCUCCGAGGGCCUCAAGGGAGAGCCAUUCCUGCUUCUCAGAGUUCUACCUCUCCCCAGAAAAGGACUCCCGGAGACCAGGAGGUGACAGCUACACUUCUUACAGCAGGAUUCCAAACUCUAGAGAAGAUUGAAGACAUGGCUGUGUCCCUGAUUCGAGAGGAAUGGCUUCUUGAUCCGCCACAGAAGUCUCUGACCAGAGACAGCAGACCAGAGAAUCACAGAAACAUGUUCUCCCUGGGUGGUGAGACCAGGAAUGAGAACAGGGAGAUGACGUCGAAACAGGCAACAGCUACCGGAAUCCAGCCACCUGGAGGGACAGCUGCCAACUGCAAUGGGGAUCUUGUCGGGGGUCUUGAGCACGGAGAAGCCCCGGGCCUUCGGGGCAAAGCAGAGAGGCAGCGGGGAAACCCCACCCAGGAGAGACGGCAUAAAUGUGACGAAUGUGGGAAAACCUUUGCCCAGAGCUCAGGCCUUGUCCGCCACUGGAGAAUCCACACUGGGGAGAAACCCUACCAGUGCAGUGUGUGCGGGAAAGCCUUCAGUUACAGGUCGGCCCUGCUGUCCCAUCAGGAUAUUCACAACAAAGUCAAGCGUUACCACUGCAAGGAGUGCGGGAAGGCCUUCAGCCAGAACACGGGCCUGAUCCUGCACCAGAGAAUCCAUACCGGGGAGAAGCCGUACCAGUGCAGUCAGUGUGGGAAGGCCUUCAGCCAGAGCGCAGGCCUCAUCCUGCACCAGCGGAUCCACAGUGGGGAGCGGCCCUAUGAAUGUAGCGAGUGUGGGAAGGCCUUCAGUCAUAGCUCGCACCUCAUUGGCCACCAGAGAAUCCACACAGGGGAGAAGCCCUAUGAGUGCGAGGAGUGUGGGAAAACCUUCAGGCGGAGCUCACACCUCAUUGGCCACCAGAGAAGCCACACCGGGGAGAAGCCUUACAAAUGCACGGAGUGUGGGAGGGCCUUCAGUCAGAAGUCGGGCCUCAUUGAGCAUCAGCGAAUCCACACGGGAGAAAGACCUUACAAAUGUAAAGAGUGUGGGAAAGCGUUCAAUGGCAACACCGGCCUCAUUCAGCACCUGAGGAUUCACACGGGGGAGAAGCCCUAUCAGUGCAAAGAGUGUGGCAAAGCCUUUAUUCAGAGGUCCAGUCUCAUUCGACAUCAGAGAAUCCAUAGUGGAGAGAAAUCCGCACCCAUAGUCGUGUAGGGGGGAAGCUUCGGCCGUCCUUGGGCGUUAUUCAACACCCGGCGCAGGCCGGUGAGAAGGCUUUUUCGGUGAAGUGAAAAUGCAGAAAGAUCAUCGCCAUUCCAACCUUGUCUA